UCAAAAAAACAUAUGAUUUGAAGUCUAGAGGAUGAAAUGUUGUUGUUUUAUAUUAUCAUUGAAUUGAGUUGUGUGUGUUGGGGAAGCAAAUAACAAUGUCAAUGUUGAGAUCAGUUUGUCAGUUAAGAGUGGGAGUGACAUCUCCAAAAUCUUGCCUCUAUCCCUCAAUCUUCUCCUUUUCCCUUUCUCAUUCCCAAUCUCAUUCUCACACUCCCACCUCUAUUCCCAGAACCUUCCGUUUCCAUCCACCUUCACUUCCUCUUUCACCCUUUAUGUCCAUCAAAGCAACAGCUUCUUAUGGCACUGGGGGUGAUGGUGCCGAUAGUGCUAGGCCAAGGGAACUAUUGGUGCAGCAUUUGUUGGUCAAAGAAGAUGACCAGAGGCUUCUGUUGGAUCUUCAGCAAAGAAUCUCUGCAGGUGAAGAUUUGAGUGACCUUGCUGUGGAACAUUCAAUUUGCCCGUCCAAAGAAGAUGGAGGAAUGCUUGGGUGGGUCAGGAAGGGACAAAUGGUUCCUGAGUUUGAAGAGGCUGCAUUUAGUGCGCCUUUAAACAAAGUUGUAAAGUGCAAAACGAAAUUCGGAUGGCACUUGCUGCAGGUUUUAUCUGAAAGGGAAGGGUCAAUUCUUGAAGACAUUCAACCUGAUGAGCUGCAUGCGAAAAUUCAAGAUCCCAACUUUUUGGAGGAGGCACAGUUAAUUGAUGUUCGAGAGCCUGAAGAAGUGGCCAAAGCAUCUUUGCCAGGAUUUACCGUUCUUCCCCUCCGCCAAUUUGGAAGCUGGGGGCCUGAAAUAACUACCAAAUUUGACCCUCAAAAGGAUACAUAUGUUUUGUGUCAUCAUGGCAUGCGAUCAUUACAGGUUGCCAAGUGGUUGCAGUCACAGGGUUUUAGGAAAGUAUACAAUCUUUCUGGGGGAAUCCAUGCCUAUGCUGUCCAGGUUGAUCCAUCAGUUCCCACAUACUGAUUUACAUUAUUCUGUCAUUACUGGGUCCAUCCAUCAUUGUACAUGAGAGCAAGAUUUUUUGGGAUGUCCAUGUUACCUUUAGGAAUUGGAAUUCUUUUGGUAUGAACGUGUAUUCAUUUUAGAUCAAGAGUUGGAGUCUCCUAGUUUCAAUUUUAAGGUUACGUAUUUUAUAUACCAUUCCUUAUGUGAAGCUGGUUUUGGCUCAGCAAGUAAUUUUAACGUUCGUUUUUCUUGACA